ACCUGUUAGCCAAAAUACUGGAUAGCACAGCCUAUGAGAGCAAAAAUAUGAGCACAUCCACCACCACAAAUCUUCCUCACAACAUCAAACCAAAUGAAUCCUCAGAAGAUAUCAAAUCUCCCACCCCCAAGCUCUCCCAGAAAACAAUCUUACACAUCGUAAACACGAAAUGCGCAACUUCGCUUCAACAUCUCAAGCAAGCUCAUGGUGUUGCCCUGAGGUCUGGCCACUUCCAAGACCAUUACGUGGCCGGGGCUAUCGUGAAAUGCUACGCAAGCAACAACUUCGGUCUUGCGCUGAAGGUGUUCGAUUGUGUGUGGAGGCCGAAUGUGUUUGUGUGGAAUAUUGUGAUCAAAGGGUGCCUAGAGCACAAUGAGGCAUUCAGUUGUGUGUCAUAUUAUUGUAAGAUGGUGGAUAUGAAUGCCAGGCCUAAUAAGUUCACGUAUUCCAUGUUGUUCAAAGCCUGUUCGUUGGCUCAAGCGGUGGAGGAAGGCCUGCAAAUUCACGCGCAUGUUGUUAAAAAUCAGUUUGGUGAAGAUGGGCACAUAAGGAGCGCUGGGAUUCAAAUGUACGCGUCUUUUGGGCUCGUGGAGGAGGCAAGGAUAAUGUUCGAUGAGGGUGGGGAAGCGAACGAUGUUGUUUGUUGGAACGCGAUGAUUGAUGGUUACAUGAAAUGUGGAGAUGUAGAGGCAGCUAAAGAAUUGUUUUAUAAGCAUACGGCGAGUAAAAAUAUCGGUUCUUGGAAUGCAAUGGUGAGCGGUCUUGCUAGGUGUGGCAGGAUUAAAGAGGCGAGGGAGUUGUUUGACGGCAUGAGCGAAAGGGACGAGAUAUCUUGGAGUACUAUGAUUGAUGGCUAUAUUCAAGGAGGGUUUCACAAGGAGGCCUUGGAAAUUUUCAAUGCGAUGCAAAAGGAGAAUCUAAUUAGUCCGAAAAAAUUCGUGUUGUCAAGUGUGCUAGCUGCUUGUGCUAAUGUGGGAGCGCUUGAUCAAGGAAAAUGGAUUCAUGCUUACAUCAAGAAGAACAAUAUUCAGUUGGAUGCGGUUGUUGGGACUGCUUUGCUUGACAUGUACGCAAAAUGCGGGCGGAUUGACAUGGCGUGGGAGGUGUUUGAAAAUGUCAAACAGAAAGAGAUUUCGACAUGGAAUGCCAUGAUUGGAGCGCUUGCUAUGCACGGCCGAGCAGAGGAUGCAGUUGAACUUUUUGCCAAGAUGCAGAUGCGUAAGUUGGAACCAAAUGGAAUUACAUUUUUGAAUGCCUUAAAUGCUUGUGCUCAUUCAGGUUUUGUCGAGAAAGGUCUUGAAAUUUUCAGUUCUAUGAAGAGAUUUUAUGGCAUUCAGCCUGAGGUGGAGCACUACGGCUGUGUGGUUGAUAUGUUUGGAAGGGCAGGGAAAUUGGAAGAGGCAGAGCAGCUCAUAAACUUGAUGCCAAUUGAACCCAAUGCGGCAGUUUGGGGGGCGUUAUUAGGCGCUUGCAGGAUACAUGGAAAAGUCGAAAUGGGAGAGAGAGUAGGAAAGAUUUUGCUCGAAUUGGAGCCUCAAAACAGCGGUCGCUACACGUUGUUAUCAAACAUUUACGCGAAGGCAGGCAGGUUUGAUGAUGUUGCAAAAGUAAGAACCUUGAUGAAGGAGAGAGGGGUUAAGACAAGUCCAGGGAUUAGCAUGGUCGACAUUGGUGGCAUUGUUCAUGAAUUCAAGGUGGGAGACGGAUCACACCCGAACACUAAGGAGGUCUAUUCGACGCUGGAGAGGAUCAUAGAGAAGCUGCAGACGGAGGGCUAUUCGCCGAAUAGCUCACAAGUCUUGUUUGACAUUGCAGAGGAGGAGAAGGAAAGUGCAUUGCAGUACCACAGUGAAAAGCUUGCCAUUGCUUUUGGAGUCCUCAACACAAAACCCGGAACAGCCAUUCGCGUCACGAAGAACUUGAGGAUCUGUGAGGAUUGCCAUUCUGCAGUAAAGAUCUUCUCAAAAGUAUACGAAAGGGAUGUGAUCGUUAGGGACCGGAUGCGGUAUCAUCAUUUUAGAAAUGGAAGGUGUUCAUGUAAGGAUUUUUGGUAACUGAGGUCUUAAGGCUCAUGAUCGAAGCAAAUGUAUGUAAUACACAAGAGAUUAAAGAUC